AUUGAAUUGUCAAAAAUAUUAACUGUCAAAAAUAUUUGAAGUGUGUUUUUACGGUUUUUAUCUAAUUAGAAAUAAUGGACAAAUUUUAUUUUAUUGGGAGAAGAAAUCUUUGAUAAUAGUGAGGAAUAUGCAGUAGCGCAAAUAACGAUGCAAAAUUAUACGUAUAUAAUUAAUAUUUUAUAUAAUAUAAAAGAAUAUUCAAUGGCAUAAAAAAAUAUAUGUAGAUAUGUGCUUAGCAGAGUACAGUAAUACACAAUUUUUUGAAAUGUUUAGGAUGGAAAAAGAAACUUUUAAAAUUCUGGUUGAUAUAAUUCAGAAAGCAGAUGACAAUAAGAUAUCAAAACCAUAUACUGGUGGUCAUCAUCUAUUAGACAUACCUUCAUAUUUAUUAAUUUUUUUAUGGUAUAUGGCAGUGCAAGAUACACUAAUUGGUAUAGGAAAAAGAUUCAAUGUAUCUCCAACAACUGUAAUGAAUGUUGUCAAUAAAAUUCGUUUUUUACUGUUGAAAUUAAAAAAACAGUUCAUAAAGUCUCCUUCUACAGAUAAAGAAUUAUUAGAAGUCUACAGAGCAUUUAAAAAUUACCCAGGUGUAGUAAGAGCAUUAGAUGGAACACAUAUUUUUAUCAAGGUAGAAAAAAAUCAACAGGAAUGUUACGUUGAUAGAUAUAGAAGGCAUUCCAUGAUCAGUAAAUGAUUUACGAGUGUUCCAUAAUUCAGUUUUUUACACAAAUUUAAAAAGAUAUGCCCAAGAGUAUUUUUUUAAAGAUAACACAAAAUAUCUCUUGAUUGCAGAUAGUGCUUUUGGACUUAAAACAUGGCUUCUUACACCAUUCAAAGGACACAAUCUAAAUAAACUUAAGAUUAAUCAUAAUUAUCAUCUGAGUUCAGAAAGAGUUGUUAUAGAACAUACAUUUAGAAUGUACAACAUUUGCAAAACUAUCGAAAUAGCGACAACAGCUUGUAAUUUACAUAUAAUUUUUGUAUACUUAAGGGUGAUUUGUGGAAUGAACUUUUUCAUGAUAGAAUAUCAACAUUGCAAUAGAUGAAGACCAGGAGAAUGAAACUGCACAAAUUAAAAGAUACGCAAUAGCUCAUAAUCUGUUCUAGAAUAGAUGAUAUAUUUAGUUAUUAUGUUCAUAAAGUGAUCUACCAUAUAUAAAUAUUUAAGGUAAAUAACUUAUUACCAAAGAAAUUACAGGCUGUAACUAUUUUUCCUUAAGUAUUUUCCAGAUUAAAACUGGAUUAAAUGACUGUAAUUUUUUUAUUUUAGUAUAAAUGUAUUGUAAAUAGGUAAGUAGCUAUAAAGGUUUUGAUUUAGUUCAUUAGUUUUUUAUGUAUAACAUUUUAAAUC